GAAGUAUCCUGAAUGGUCAGUGAAGGAGCUGGAGAAACAGUUAAUUCAGACCGUUACUCUGUCGGCUGAAGUGGAGAAAAAACUGCCUCAAACUCGGAGCAUUCAGAGACUGGAGGUGAAAAAGGAUGAAUACCAGAAACUGGGAAAUCUUCCUGACAACUUGGCUGUAGAAAAAGUGAAAGCAUUGGUGAAACAAAGGGACCUGCAGGCCUCGUCUUCCCCCACAGUUGACAGCACGCUGCAUCCUUGCCAAGACAUUUCCAGUCCAUGUGACGUUUCAAGCUCAGGGAUCCCUGCAUUUCACGAUGACAUGUCAGACUCUGCUGAUCAUAACCAACCACAACAUCAACGGCAGGAGGAGAUGACUGAAAUGGAGUAUAACCAUGAAGAUGAUCCAGCUGUGGCCGGUGGUCAUUCAGUUAGAGGGAGCAGCUCGGAUGAAGAAGACAUCCAAGUAGAUGAGGAGAUUGAGGAGGAGGCUGAGACUUUAAUGGAAACCGAUCCAGAUCAGUGGACUCAAGCUGAAGACAUGGCUGAUAUUGCCCAAGAAGAACAGUUUUCAGAUGCCAAGUCUCCACCUCAUGUUGAAGUUACAACCGCUCUUCAAACUUCUGAAUCAGAGACCAUCCUAAAAAGCACAGAGAAGAGUUGUUCAACCGAGUUACUAAGAAGACAGAGCAUCGAAGCCGCCAGUUUGAUCCAGGAUCAGCCACAGUUGAUGAGCUGCAGCAGAUUUAACCAAGAGCCUGUUCUAGGAAGUAAAGAUGAGGAUGAAGCAGAAACUCUCCAACUGCAUCAGCUUAAGGAGCAAAAUAACAACCAGCCUCAGAAAAUCACAGUUACAGUGGAUGACCCUGAAGCAAAGGUGGACAUAGGGUCAAAGAGUGGCGAUCAUCUUCAUUGGGAGAGAGAUGCAGCUUCCCAGAAGACACAGAAUCCUGCAGAACCUGCAGAGGUUUUACCUGUAAAAGUCAGCAGUCAGCGGGAAGUUGUGGCAGGACAGCAGAACCAAUCUGAAUUGAGCCACAAUGCAGAGCCUCCUCCGAAACGCCACAAACUCUGUGAAGACAACAGUGCCCUACAGACACACUCCAUUACUUCCUUUGGAAACAAGGUUCAGGGCUCCAGUCGUUUGUCCCUUUUCUUGACAGCAUGUGGCCAGGAUCUUGAACAGGUCAUCGGUAGGGACUAUGUGUGGGAGUGUCAGGGUAUUUCUCUGAAGACCUUUUACCUGUGCGAAGUCUGUGAAAAGACGCUCUCAACCCAUGACAUCUGUCAACAUAUGGUCAGCCGUGACCACCAGCUCCAGCACUUGAGGAGGGAGCAUCAAAGGUGCCUGGAGAUGUUUUGGCUGCAGGACGACCUGCCUCCUGAAUUUAAAGCUGGGCUAUUAAAGGACAUUGUCCGAGAGCUGUCAAAGCGGGAAAGGUUCCUUAAAGUGGACGCGCAGUCUGUAUUGCUUCGACCUGAGUUCCAUGAAUCUCUCCGGACCGCUCCAUUCACUGAAGCACUGAAAAUUGUGAAAAGCAUCGCAAAUGAACACAAACAAGCUGCUUUUCAUCGACCGGCCUCCGCUUUCCCUAAGAGUGAGCGCCACCAGACCAGGCAGCAGACUGCAGACCUGCAGAGCAUACAGAAUAAUCUUCCUACAGAGAGGCUGUCUGCUCAGGUGCUUGAGAAAAAGCAGAGAAGUGAAACAGCUGGUUUGAAUCCAGAAAAAACUUACUCUGAAGAGGAAUCCCUGGCUGACGGCUCUUCAAAGCCUGAUCAUGAGGUCUUUAAAGACCAGAUUGUUGGUCUAGAACCAUGCAGUAGUGCCACUCAGAAGCCUGAAUGUAUAACGACAGUCUCCCCACUCAUUAUGAAACAAAGUCCAGUGGAAGAGAAAUCUUCUAACUCAAAGGUUUGUCGUGGUUUGGAUCCCAGUGAAGAGCUCUGCAGUAGUUCUCUUCAGCCACACACCAAACCCUCUGUCUCUCAGCUUGAAGAAACUUUUACCCCUAUGGAUCUAAAUGCUACUUUCUCAAAAGGUGAUGUACAUCCCAGUCCAGAGGCAUUGCCAUUAAGAGAACGAGAUUAUAGUGAUGGCUCUCUGCAACCAGAGUUGACAGUGACUGUUCCUCAGCUUCAAAGCUCUGAUCCGCUACCGGUAUCCUCUGCAAUCAACCCUGAAGUAUCCAUUCCAGAUGAGCUUCCUCGCACUGUGGGAAGACAACUUGAAGUAUCCAUGAAUACAUUGUUAGAAACCAGCAGCUCAAUAUCAGCUGAAUGUACAGCAGCACCAAAGACAUGUGAGAGUGGAUCCAGCUUGCAGUCAGCUGCAGUGUACACCUCAUCUAACCCUGUGACGGGCGAGGUUGCUUUGUUGGGUACAAGAAGAUGGGAGUUUCUCUCGGGGCUAAUCGGCGUGUUGAAACGAAACAAUUAUGGUCCUUCAACUUCAAAAACUGCUGAUAGAGACUUCAUGAAGGCCAGCUCACCACUUGGUGCAUCUGAAUGCAAUGCUGUAGUUCCUAACGCUGGCUUCGGAGAACUACAGAGGUCACAAAUCAACGUUUCCCAGGAAACCUGUAGAAUUGUAAACAACCCAGAGCCCAUGGAGACUGGAAUCAGUCAGCUGCCUAUUAACACCAUCAUAACUGCCAGGUCAGACCACAUGAGGCAGACCUCUAGAGGACACACUCUUACUGAGGUGAACAGACGACACCAACUCCAUUUUCACUCUGAUCUAACUCCCAGCCCUCCUAACUUUAUGGCAGUUUCAGGAGGAAACAAUCCUCACACCCAAGCUGCUUUUCUCCCUGGACUUCCAGACUCUGCUCCCACACAGAGCCCCUUCCCCCUCAAUGCUUUUAGCAUCUAUCAGCAGUAUAUCUAUCCAAGCCAGCAGGUGGUUCACCCCGUCAGCAUGCAUUCAUUUGGGUACAGUUUAACUGCACAAAUGCCUCCAAGUUCGGGAAAUAUGGAGAUGCAGCAGUACUACUCCAUGAUGAGACCAGAAAGUGACCAAUAACUGUUUCUAUUUUGUUUUCAUGGUAAUCCUGUAAAGGCUAUCAGAACGUUUGUGUUUCUUUUUUUUCUUUUGUACUUUAUUAGGUUGCAGUAGAAUUCUGUUUAAGGUAAUGAUUUCAAAUUUUGUAAUUUUAGUGUUUUUUUUUUUAUCUAUUUUAAUCUGUUUGUGUUUUAUAAGUUGUUUCAGAAAUGAAAUGAUUACUUGUACCAUUUUGAUAUGUUUACAUUAACUCAUUUUAGAGCUUUUUUUUCCAUUUGGAAAGUUAAAAAGGACCUCAAUUA